AUGAUGGCUUCAAAAGUUGAGAGUAGCCGAAGCCUGCCAAAUCCCACCCCUUGCUUGAGUUACUGGCAGCGAACAACUCGGGCAUAUCCGAAUUUGGACGCGAACGGCGAUACACCCGUUCCAUCAAACUCGAAAUAUGUCGUGGUGGGAUCGGGUAUUUCUGGCGGUCUGACGGCCUUCAAGCUGAUCGAAGGAGGGGCUAAGCCUGAGGAUAUCGUGAUUCUCGAAGCACGAGAGGCCGCAAGUGGUGCGAGCUCACGAAAUGCCGGACAUGUGCGACCAGAUGCCUUUAGGGGUUUCAGUGCAUAUGCCAAAGUGCAUGGAGAGCAACAAGCAUUAAAGAUCAUCCAGGAUGAGCGACUUGUCCUAGAAAGAGUCGAUGCAUUUGUGAAAGAACAUAAUGUGAAAUGCGACUUCAACUUGACCACGACGUUUGAUGUUUGCAUGACCCCAGAAUUCGCGGCGUACGAGGCAGAAAGCCUGGAAGCGUUUAAGAAAGCAGGCGGUGAUACUUCGCACAUCACAUUCUAUGAAGGAGACCAGGCCAAGCAAAAGACGAGGGUUCCCGGGGCUGUGGCAGCAUAUGAGUGGCCAGCCGGAUCGAGCCACCCGGCAAAGCUUGCACAGUUCCUUCUUCAGGCAGUGAUCUCGAAGGGUGCGAAGCUCUUCACCUUUUGUCCUGCCACUGAGAUUGAACGGAGCGCCUCAGAAACAUGGAAGGUGCACACGCCCCGGGGAAUAAUAGAAGCGGAGAAAAUCAUUCACUGCACGAAUGCCCAUGCAGCCUUGCUACUUCCGCAGUUGGAGGCGUAUAUUCGGCCAAACCGUGCACAGGCCCACUCUCUCAUACCUGUCCCUGCCUUCUCCGGGCAAAAGGCUCUGCAGAACACUUUCUCGCUCCGCUUCAGCCUCCUGCACUUUUACUCCCUGAUCCAACGUCAGGGAGAUGGUACACUGGUGUUAGGGGUAUCGCGAUCAAACCCAACAUUGAGCCCCGAGACAACGGCUGGUCGAUUCAGCACUGACGAUUCCCGGUACAAUGAAGAGAUUGCCCAGGAUGCUCUGCAGUCUUUUGGUAAAAUGUUUCCGGCUUAUUCGUCCCAGCCUGCCAUGCACGGUGAGGGUCUGGAUCAUGCCUGGACUGGAAUAAUUGCCAUGACUACAGACUCUGUUCCGUUCGUCGGGGCGAUUUGUUCCCUCCCUGGGCAGUAUAUUUGUGCCGGAUUUAAUGGCCAUGGUAUGGCUCGGAUAUUUACCUGCGCUCCGGCAGUUGCCCAACUUGUACUUGGCAAGACCUGGGAUGAAACAGGACUCCCGGAAUGUUUCCAGUUCAGCGACGAAAGGCUCUCGCGACUUGCAAAUGGAGAAUUACCGUCAAUUUGGUAG